AUGUCUAUGACAACGACGACAGACGGCGGCGAUAGCAUGCGCCGCAGCGCCGUGCGCAAUCCAAAGCGACGACCUCGAAUCACUGAAGGCUCAAACAGCCCGAACGGCCCUCAGCGCAAGAUACGCAAAUUGACCAACAAACCCGCCGACGCAUCGCUGCCCCUCGACACGACAGAGUCCCUUCGCAGCGGUCUGAGUGCUCUCGCUGUCCAGACAUCAGCCUCCUUUUCGCGCAAUGGAGAUGCCGGAACGCGUCACAAGAGAACGCUGAAGAGCGACAACAGCACUCUCUUGGUAUUGCCUCUCAUCAACUAUCUCAUUGGCUUCCAAUUGUUAAUAGGAUGA